AUGGCUUAUCGUGGCGACUCCGGAGGACUAGUUACCUUGUCACCAUGCAUCAUCGCCGUCCAUGGCCUCGGCGCCAACGUGGAUUGGUCCUGGACGUGGAAAGAUCCGAAAGACCCGAGCCGCCAUGUCAAGUGGCUCCAGGAUACGAAUAUGCUCCCGAGCGUCGUUCCUGAAUCGCGGGUCGCGCUCUAUAACUACGACUCCAGGUGGCACGCUGACGCACCCAGGACCCGUCUCCAGUUGUGCGGAGAGGAUCUCAUCCGUAGCAUCCGAAAUUUCCGGGAAGGGAUCGCGGACCGACCAGUUGUCUUCGUUGGCCAUAGCUUAGGCGGCAACGUCAUUCAGCAUGGCCUCCUGUACGCCAAAUCAGAUGACGAGUUUCAGCAUAUCGUGACUUGGACGGCGGGCGUCAUCUUCCUGGGCUCGCCGUUGAGGGGCUCCAAAUUUCAGCCCGUGUCCCAAGCCCUGACAUUACUUCUCCAGCCCGCUGGCUCCCACGACGGCAUCGUCCGUGAGCUGGCACCCAAUGAUGCAGCCCUUCGAGACAAGUUACACGAAUUCUGUCGGAUGACGAACACACACUCUCUGCCUGUGUCUUGCUUCUUCGAAAUGUACGAGGCUGACUACGGGAAACGUGUGCUGCGAGGGGUCAUUAAAGGAAUGGUAGUCGACGAGAUCUCCGCUUGCAUCGAUGGCGCCAAUAGGAUCGCGCUCCAAGCGGAUCAUUUUAUGAUGAAUAAGUUCUCCAAUCCUCACGAUCGCUCCUUCGAAAGAGUGUCACAGGAGCUGCGAAGGAUGUGUAAAGGGGCUCAAGCUGUUGUCCAGCAACGGAUACCAAAUUCCGACCUUUCUGAGCAAGAUACCAAGUUCCUCGCCGACCUGCGAUCCACCGACCCCAGCGACGACAAGGCACGCAUCGAGCGCACCAAGGGCGGCUUGCUGCGCGACUCAUACCGCUGGAUCCUUGAUCACGACGACUUCCGCCGAUGGCGCGAGGACGGCGACCAGAGCCGACUGCUCUGGAUCAAGGGUGAUCCCGGCAAGGGCAAGACAAUGCUGCUCUGCGGCAUCAUCGACGAGCUGGAGAAGACGUCUGCAGGCACACGCACUCUGUCGUACUUCUUCUGCCAGGCGACCGAUGUGCGCCUGAACAACGCGACGGCUGUGCUUCGCGGACUCAUUUAUCAGCUCCUCGAUCAAGAGCCCUGCCUCAUCGGGCACGUGCGAAAGAAGUACGACCACGCGGGCAAGCAGCUAUUUAAAGACGCCAACAGCUGGGACGCCCUGUCCAAGAUGCUGAUUAGCAUCCUGAAAGAACCUAGCCUGCGCCACACGUAUCUAAUUAUCGACGCACUUGAUGAGUGCGAGGCGGACCUCGACCAGCUUCUACAUCUGAUCGUCCAAGUGUCCACGUUAUCCCGCGUAAAGCUGGUUGUGUCUAGUCGUAACUGGCCGGACAUUGAGAAUGCCCUGGGUGAUGCAACACAGAAAAUUCGGUUCUGUCUAGAGCUAAACCAAGAGUCGAUCUCGGCUGCUGUUGACAAAUACAUACAGUACAAGGUAGACCAGCUAGUGCAACGGAAAAGGUACGACUGUAAAACACGGGAUGUUGUUCAGCAGCACUUGGUUUCAAACGCAAACAACACUUUUCUCUGGGUAGCCUUGGUCUGUCAAGAGCUGGCGGAUCCAAGGGUCCUAAAAUGGCACAUCCGCGCAAAGUUGCAGAAGUUUCCGCCAGGGCUUGAUUCGCUGUACGCGCGGAUGAUGGACCGCGUUUUCAGCUCAGACGAUGCAGACCUCUGCAGGCAGGUGCUCAGCCUUGUGUCAAUUGCAUACCGCCCGCUCAGCUUGACGGAGCUGGCGUCUCUUGCCGAGUCGCUUGAAGAAUACGCUGAUGAUGUCAACGCUCUAGAGGAGAUGAUUGGUAUCUGUGGGUCUUUACUGACUCUUCGGGAGGGGGUUGUCUACUUUGUGCAUCAGUCGGCAAAGGACUUCCUGUUAAAGAACGAAUCGAAGAGAAUCUACCCACAAGGUGUAACACAGGAAAACCAUACUAUCGCCUCAAGGUCGAUCCAGGUCAUGUCGAGAACACUCCGACGCGAUGUGUACGACCUACGCGCGCCCGGGUUCCCAAUCGACCAAGUCAAGCCGCCCAAACCCGAUCCACUAGCGCCAGUCCAGUAUUCUUGCAUCUACUGGGUCAACCAUCUGGAGGUCAGGGAUGCUGUUGGAAAGGAACAGCGCGGCAAAAGCCUUCAGGACAGCGAAACGGUCUAUACAUUCUUAGAGCAGCACUACCUUCACUGGCUGGAAGCGCUUAGUCUUCUCAGGAGCGUAUCAGAAGGUAUCCUUCAAUUAUCUAAGUUGGCACAUCUAGCCCAGGUGUCAACAGAAACAUCUAAGCUAGCGCAGCUAGCUUGGGAUGGACUCCGGUUUAUUCGGACGCAUAGAGCAGGCAUAGAGAGUAGCCCUCUCCAGACGUAUGCAUCAGCACUCAUAUUCAGCCCAGUGCAUAGCUUUACAAGGAAGCUGUUUCAUCAGGAGGAGCCUACAUGGAUAGUCACAAAGCCUACUAUGGAAGACAAGUGGAAUGCAUGUCUACAGACACUUGAAGGCCAUAGUGGUAGCGUUGUCUCAGUAGCCUUCUCAGGAGAUAGCACGCAGCUAGCGUCAGCGUCCUGGGACAGUACUAUUAAGGUCUGGGAUAACGCUACAGGCCAGUGUCUCCAGACACAGGAGGGCCAUUGCUCCUCUGUUAACUCAGUGGCCUUUUUAGGCAAUAGCACGCAGCUAGCGUCAGCAUCUUGUGACGGUGUCGUUAAGGUCUGGGACAGCGCCACAGGUCAAUGUCUCUGGACGCUUGAGGGCCAUAGUGACUCCGUCAGCUCAGUGGUUUUCUCAGGCGAUGGCAAGCAGCUGGCGUCAGCGACACACGACAGCUGCGUGCCAUCGCAGGACAACACCAUCAAGGUCUGGGACGGCGCUACGGGCCAAUAUCUCCGGACGCUCAAGGGCCAUAGUGACCCCAUAACCUCAGUGGCAUUCUCAGGCGAUAACACGCAGCUAGCGUCAGCAUCGCGCGACCACACUGUCAAGGUCUGGGACAGCGUCACAGGCCAGUGUCUCCAGACGCUCAAGGGCCAUCGCAGCACUGUUAGGUCAGUGGCCUUCUUGGGCAAUAGCACGCAGCUGGCGUCAGCAUCAAACGACAACACCGUCAAGGUCUGGGACAGCGCCACAGGCCAGUGUCUUCAAACGCUAGAGGGCCAUAGCCGCUCUGUUACGUCAGUGACCUUCUCAGGCGAUAGCACACAGCUGGCAUCAGCGUCAGAUGACUAUACUGUCAAGGUCUGGGAUAACACUGUAGGCCAGUGUCUCCAGACGCUUCAGCGUCAUAGCGACUUCAUUAGGUCAGUGGCCUUCUCAGGCGAUGGCACGCAGUUGGCGUCGGCAUCAAACGACCGCACCGUUAAGGUCUGGGACAGCGCCACAGGCCAGUGUCUCCAAACGCUAGAGGGCCAUUGCAACCAGGUUAACUCAGUGGCCUUCUCAGGCGAUGGUACGCAGCUAGCGUCAGCAUCAAACGACCGCACCGUUAAGGUCUGGGAGGGCGCCACAGGCCAGUGUCUUCAAACGCUCGAGGGCCAUAGCCGCUCUGUUACGUCAGUGACCUUCUCAGGCGAUAGCACACAGCUGGCGUCAGCAUCAAACGACAACACCGUCAAGGUCUGGGACAGCGCUACGGGCCAGUGUCUCUGGACGCUUAAGGGUCAUAGUAACCCCGUAACCUCAGUGGCAUUCACAGGCGAUAGCACGCAGCUGGCUUCAGCAUCUUGCGAAGGCAUCAUCAAGGUCUGGGACAGCGCCACGGGCCUGUGUCUCCAGACGCUAGAGGGCCACAGUCGUUGUGUCUACUCAGUGGUCUUCUCAGGCGAUAGCACGCAGCUGGCUUCAGCAUCUUGCGACGGCAUCAUCAAGGUCUGGGACAGCGCCACGAUUCAGUGUCUCCGGACGCUUAAUAUCGGUCGAUCGCUUCGAUAUAUCUCCUUCUCAAAAACCGAUUCGCAUCUUCUCUACACGGAAAUAGGUGUCAUCGAUCUAGAAAGGCCACCUACUUCUACUGUAAAUACAACAGCAUCACUACCGCUGACGAGUGCAAUGGAAACGCCGCGUUUUCAUAGCUAUGCAAUUAGUGGUGACGGGAUGUGGAUUACAAGGAACUCUGUAAACCUGUUGUGGCUGCCGCCAGAGUAUCGGCCGACAGAGCACAGUGCGGUAUCAGCUGUAGCAGGAUCUACAGUAGGCAUCGGCUAUGCUUCAGGCCGUGUUUUGGUUUUUCGAUUCUCAGAGGACGCGGCAGGUGCUUAA